AUGGAAAGAGUCUCGGAAUCCACUUCAGGUAAGUUAUUCAACACGGAUUGUCUAUCUCUUAUUUCUUCUCUCAAAUUAAUAGCAGUCGACACAAGAACUUUGAGAAUGUUAUCUGGUGCUUUCUUGAUUUUCACCCAAAUUGUGUUUUCUUCUUAUGAUAUGGCAAGUUCGUUUAUUAAGUUGCUACCCCAAUCGACACACAAUUAUAUUAGUACCGGCCAAAUGUGCUACAAGCCUACUCCAUUGUUAAGGAUACUGAAGAUGACCAAUCUUACCUUGAAGACUGUGGUAGCGUUGAUGAUAAUCCCAAUGAUUCAUCCUGGAGAAAUGUGGUUAUCUGGACUGAUGGAAGGUUCCAGUAUAAGAACAGAGGAACCUGUAUCAUCAUCAUCAUCAUCAUUGGGUGCUCAGUGUGUUCCUCCCAAUGUUUAUCAUAUUGGUUAUGGAGCAAAAAUAAAGAGAUCAAAAUCAAAGCAACUUGAGAACGAGUUCAACCAGCUGAUUCAUAGUGAGAAAGAUGAAAUGCAAGAUAUGCAAGUUGAUUCAUCAGCAAUUAUCUCAUUGAUCGUAGGUGCUAAUAAUCAAGAGGAAAUUGUCGUUGAAAGCAUAAAACACGCAAAGGAAGCUAUUGCUUUAGAUGUCAAGGAUGGGAAUUCAUGGUACAACUUGGGGAAUGCUUGUUUGACAUGUUUCUUUGUCACGGGGGCAUGGGAUCACAGCAAAUUACAUCAGUCUUUAAAAGCAUACCAAAAUGUUGAGAAAGAUGAAAGCAUGAAGUCAAACCCAAACUUAUAUUUCAAUUCUACUACUGUGAAUACAUAUCUGGAAAAUUACGAAAGGGCCCUCAGUGGAUUUGAAGCAGCCGCUACAUCAAAAAAUCCUUGUCUUAAUGCCACCGAGGAAGUUCAAAAAAUGGUCAAUCUUUUUAACAAGCUAGACACUUUGUUGAAGGCAAGUUUGUCCAAUCUGUUGUUGCUUUUACUAUCUUUUGAGAAGGCAACAGGGAAAAAACCACUGGGGAUCAUAUUCUACAGGGAUGAUUGGGUUCAUCAGAGGGACUGGAGAGGACCUGAACCCUUUCAUUCCAUGAAAAGUACAAACAGAGCCCCUGUUAUCGGUUAUUUCUUGCUGGCAACAACAUCUGGAAAAGCAGUAGCAGAGAGAUUCCAUGGUAAGCUCGCAGCUCCAUUUGAGAAAACUAAGCUUUCUGCUUAUGCCCUUGCUGCCAUGGUCGAGAGUGCUGUUCUUUCAGAGGAAUUAAUGCAAGGUUUUGAUCAUGAGACUGCUGCUGUAGUAGUAGCUAGAUUAACUUCUUAUAAAAUGGAAAUGGAGGAAUCAUUUGAUGCAACAAGGUGGAUAGAUAGAAACCUAAUUUGUCUAUGUUCCAAAUUUGGGGACUAUAGAAAAGAUGACCCUUCUUCAUUUUCUUUAAACCCUAGUUUCUCAUUGUUCCCUCAAUUCAUGUUCAAUCUUCGAAGAUCACAGUUUGUUCAGGUGUUAAAUGAUAUUCCAGAUGAAACUGCUUAUUUUCGAAUGAUGUUAAACAGAGAAAGCAUAACAAAUGCAACUGUGAUGAUUCAGCCUUCAUUAAUUGGUCUGCUAGAAGGAUUGGAGAUUGCAGUUAAGCUUUUAUCUAAUAUUUCACGCCAAGGACUUGAUGAAUUUAAGCUAGCAAUGUUUUACUUGAUUUUGGACAUGAACCCUAAGAUAUCAUAUUUUGACAUGGCUAGAAGCUUUGGAGGAAACGAGACUCAAACAAAAGUAAACACACACAGAGUUGUUGGCACAUAG